UCCAGCAAGGGUGUUCCUUCUCUUCUCUUCUAGGUGGUGCUGGUCCAAAUGGCUGCCAAGCUUUACGUUUUAAUCAGCUGGCCAGAUGGCAGCCGUGUGAUCAACAUCGAAAACAUCAAAGAACCCCGAAAGCCAUUUCAUCUCUACAUGGUGGGGGAGCAGGUGCUAGCCCGCUGCCCUGGCUUCAGUGGUCUGUACUGGGGGGUUGUGGAAGGCAUAAGCGACCAUAAAGAUAUCUUAGAGAAAAGGCUGCAGGAAAAUAGACAACUCUUUGAGAAGCUAAAAGAAGAACCAGCAGUGCACAGUGGGCUGCCAUCCCAACCUAAAAAAUCAAGGAAGACUUUUCCAAAAUGGAUGUCAGGAAGUUCCUUUCGCAAAUACAGUGAUGACAGGAGCUUCUACAUCAAACCGCUGGUUGGGGAUGAAGACGCAGGGCUCAAGCAUGAUGCUGACGCCUCUUCUGUCUUAAAAGAGAGGCGCAUCCUGACUAGCACGACUAGAUCCCACUGCACAAUGUCAGCACCUUACCACUCUUCCACAGCCUUCAAAUCACCAUCUCCAUUCUUGUCCCUGGCUGUGCCUGGAACAUCCCAGAAUGAAGACGCAAAGCCUGGCACAGCUGCCAGAGAUUACAUCACCCUGACCAUGAAAAGGAAGUCAGAUGGCAUUUUAGCUAAGUGUCAGCAGCACAUCUGUACCAACAGCUGUGAUGAACCAAAGACUGAAGGUUCCCCAGAAACAGAUGCUUUUGAGGUAGUUCAGAAAGAUUUUGGCCCUUGUGAAGUGAAAAGGUAUGAGAAGAUUGAACAACUGGAGAAAAUCAUAGUAGAUCUCCAGCAAGAGGUCUUCUCCCUGAAACGGAAGGUGCAGCGGCUGGAAUCACUGUCCUUUCAGGAAGAACCCCACAGGCAGCAAUGCGAGGUGGUGGAACUGUUUAAUGGCUACACAAAGGAGCAUCUGAAAGAGGCCAUCCGAUUUGACCAGAAAAUCAGCACCGCCUGCAAAACACUGCUCUACAAGCUGUUCACAUCUGACUAUAUACAGAGCCACUCCAUCACAGGAAGGAGAGGGAACACCUUUCGGGAGGCUAAGCCCAUGAUGGAUGAGCGGUGCAUCAAAAUCAUUAGGGUGUUACUGAAGCAGAAGUUUGGGGACCAUCUGAGUGACACAGUAAUCACUGAGAAAAUCCAAAAUGUGCAGAAAGCACUCAGGCAGAAAUUUAAGACUGAGUGUCUCUGAGCAGCAUGUAAUUCGAUGUC